AUGAGGCUGGUCCUCACCCUGUCCGUUGAGCAGGCGUCUCGCAAGAGCGCCAGGUCUGGCUGGUGGGACGGUCCCGUGCGGCCCUCCGCUGCAGAGCGCUGGCUUUCUAGCGAGCUCAGCGGCGACGGGUGGGCGGACGGCGCUCGCUCGGAGCACUGGGCCGGCGAGUUCGACGAGGACCCGUACGACUUCUCCGAGAGGCAGUGGCACACACGGCAAGACCUCCCGGAGAGCCCUGAGGAGAUCCUGGUGGUUAGGACAAGGGAGUGCGGCGCCUACAGCUCGCUGCUGUCCGACGCGGCCACGGCCGACAUGGUGGGCUUCGACGCCGAGUGGCUGCCGGACCAGAGCGAGGCGGACGACAACCCCAUCGCGGUGCUGCAGCUGGCGUUCCCGGUGAGCCGCAGAACCUACAUAUUGCAGCUGAACGUUCUGGAAACGGUUCCGCUUGAGGUGACACUCCUGUUCCUCAAUCCCGAGGUGGUCAAGGUUGGAUAUGCCAUCGACAAGGAUAAGCAGAAGCUGAGGCUCAGCGGUAUCAGUUCCCCGGCGGCGGCCUUGGUGGACCUCCAGCCGAUCUGCGAGCUCUGGGUGGCGAAUGCGCAGUGGGAGGUGCGUCCGCCAGGCUCGCUGGGCUUGGUGCAGGCGGCGUACAUGCUGCUGGGCGUCGACAUGAUGAAGGACAAGAGCAUCACCUGCUCCGACUGGAACAGGGACGUGCUGACGCAGGAUCAGAUCUACUACGCGGCGAUGGACGCGUGGGUCACGCUUCGCCUCUACUCCGCGGUGAACAUGCACGGCGGCUACCCGAGGUUUGGCCUGCCAGCAGGCCCGAAUGUCGUCCGACAGAACGGAGCGCCCAUCUUCGCCAGCCACCAGUGGCACCGCGACGGCCAGCAGGUCGUCCGGCGGCUGCCAGUGGCCCCGGCCGCGGCGGCGCAGCCCGCCGACGCCGGCGGCGAGGCCUCCGCUGACGCCGGCGCCGGGCCGAAGCCCAGCGCCGCCGAGGCGGCCCCGCCCAAGGGCAGCGGCGAGGGCCCGAGGGCGGGGGCGCCGCCGAGGGCCGCGGGCGGGCCGCCGGGGCCCGCCGCAGCGCCCGCGGAGAGCGAGGACCUGCUGCUCUUCAUGCCAGAGCCGGUCAUGCAGAUCUCCGGCGAUGAGAAAACGAACUUCGACAAGCAGUGCGCUCAAGAUUCCUCCACUUCGAAGCUGCCGCAAGUAUUUGCCACCGUGUGCAUGGAGGUGCUGGCGUCGCCAGCAAAGUUGUUGCCGACACUUCGCGCAGUGCAGGGUGAUGAUAUGCGCCGCGGGCCCGUUCUUAAGAAGCCCAAGUCGAGCAAGGCCGUCGACGACGACGUCGACGAGCUGUCGGCCGACAUGGAGAAACUCAUCCAGUUGCCCAAAUACUGGGUGUGGGAAGUGGUCCAUGCGAAAGAUCCGAGCUAUUUCAGCAGCACCGCAAUCAAGAUCACCGGUAAGAAGCACAGGGACAACUUCAGGAGGCCCCUCGAGCGUCUUAUUGGAUUGAGGUCUACAUACAAAACCUUCGAGGAUAUGAAAAACAAGAAGCUCACCGUCCGCGUCGUUGCAGUCCUGUACGUUGCGUUUGGUUCUCGCUGGCCGUCGUUUCGGGUUCUAUUUCCUAACCCUGCCGAUUUGACUUGGAAGUUUCUCGGGGUGUACAGGUGCGGCGAGCCAGGCGAGACAGGCAAGAUUUCGGACUUGAUUCGUAUUUCUGGUGCUCGUGCGACGGUGCCGAAGAACACGACGGUCAACUCAGAAUGGUAUUUCACGAACAACUGGAGCGACAGGCUUGCGCAGGGGACCGACGGGGAUUCUGUCUUCACUUGUUUCACCCGAUUCAGUGGCGAGGCUGACCAGCCGUGGUAUCAGUUCGCCGAAAGCCCAUCGAGCCAGUUGAAGCAGAAGCACUACGUCCAGAAGGUUGGCACUGAUCUCGACGAGGAGUUUGCGAAGACCUUGUCCACCGACGUGAAGAUUUCAGGUACUAUCAAGGAGGUACAGAAGGAUUCGAGGCGCAGGCGCGGGAAGAGCCCCCCUGAGUACGCCAUGCCUGCUAGUCCUGAGGUCAGCGGGCAAGCUGGCUACCUCGCUCGCAGCGAGGGCGCGGGCGCUGCAGCGGGCGACGGUGACGUCGGCGACGGUCAGUCAGUGCCCCAGGCCGCCAUUGCAGUCGGCGUGGCUGGCGGUGCACACGGCCUGCAGGUGGCGCACAACGGCAUCGUCGAGCAUUGGAUCGACCCUUGCAAGAAGCAUCACUAUUUGAAGAGUCAGCUGACCCACGAGACCGCGAAGAUACUGGCCCCACCAGCGGGCGCGGAUUAUUGGGUCAUUGAUUUGAAGGACAACUACGCCUGCAUCGAUAGCCCAGACGAGUCGCACUGGACGUUCGUCAUGUCCACGGACAGCGACUCCCCAGAGUGGAUCGAGGACUUCUUAGGCAUGCGCAGGGUCGACGAGUUCGCUUUCGCAUACCCCGCUGGGACGCAGACCACCAGGUACAUGAUGGUCGCUGUGUGGGAGAAUGCUCAGUAUGAUUCGUCGGUGGGGAUUUCCCUUUGGAGCGUGUUCGACAUGCUUUGUCUCCAUUUCAACGUGAGCGGGGGCUCUUGCUUCGCGAACCGUCGGGACGCAUGGGAGCGGUGCUUGCGCGCGUGGCAGCUUCGUCACCACCUUCGCCAGAGCCGCCCGUUCGCGAACAAGAGAGCGGCACUGUCGAGUGAGGAGCUCGCGAUGCGCAUCCUGAAGUUCCCGUCGGUCAGCGUGGUCGGCAUGAUGAGCUUGCUGAUUCAGUGGGGGUCGGAGAAUCAAAGUUCGCGCUUCAAGUCCGACGUGGAUCGCGCUUCGGCUAACGAUUUGUUUGACAGCUUCGCUUACAUGAUCCAGAACGGCAGCAUCAGGGUCAACGUCGGCGGCUUCGCUUGGAGGUGUGGCCCCGACAUCGCAGGCGUGCGGCCCAUGGUCGUGCUCAUCAAGGCUGGAAGGUUUGAACGAAAGUCUUUCAACGCCGCUGUCGAGUCUUACUUCAACGAGUACGGUACGCCAGACUUCAAGCCGUCUGACGUCAUUCAGAAGAUCCUCACUGGCAACAGGGACGCCAAGCUCGCAAUGCAGCUCGUCUGGGGCCUAGGCAACCUCGUCGACGCGAAGAUCGCCAAGGCCAAGGGCAAGGAUGUCGAGCUGGCCCCCGACUUCAGGUACGAUUUCUCGGACGAUCUUGACGCUCGGCCCGACUCCAGCGUAGACGUUGCGGUAUCUGGCAACCACGGCGCUGCGCAGGUGAUCAGGCGGUACCUCAAGGUGAGCCAAAUCUACAGUGGCAGGCAGAUGUACGACAGCGAGAGCACGGCAUUGGCGGCACAGACGUACGAGAAUACCCACAUCGAGCGGGCCAGGGAGCUUCUGGGCAUCAAGUGCAGGUUGGACUCCUUCAUGGCUGGGAAAGCUCUUCACAACAUGCGCCUCGUGAGCGUCGGCGAGGGCCUUGGGGCAGUCCAGAUCACAUUAGAACAGUACCACCAGAUGAAGGACUGCUACGAUUGGAAGUGCGAUCACUUGUGCUCCGACCAGGGCCCCGACAUGAAGUGCCUGAAGCGGUUGGCGAGGAACGCAAUCUAUGGCCCCUUCGACGAGGGCAGGAGGUUCAAGGAGUUAAAGGACAUCGCGAAGGAGGUAAAGACGUUCGUCAGCCCUCUCAAGUGCCCGAAAUUUUGCGAGGCGUUGCCCGCCAUCCUCGAGGAGAUGGGAGAGCCCGCGCGCAUUAUGGAGAUUGGCAUCGAGGAGGAGGUGUGGAAUGGCAUGGCCGAAGUCGGCUUCGGCGAGGUGACUGGCAGGAAGGACAACCCCGCCAGGUGGCUUGGCGACCAUUAUGCUUCUCGCAUCGACCGCGAUCAGUUCACGAUGCGCGCCGUCUGCUUCUCUCACGCGGCCAUGGUGCGCGAGCAGCCGAGCACGAAGAAGCUCGGAGUCAAGAUGAAGGAGCUGCACAGCGAACCGAACCAGCACGGGGGCAACGACCAGGCCGUGAGCAUGAAGUCGGUGGCCGCCGAGCUGAAGCGCGCGAGGAUGGCCACGCAGGACCAAGUGGAGGUUGCGAUCGUCUACUACAACAACAAGCAGAACAAGAACAUCGACAGGGCGACAUUCGCCAUCCGCGAGCCGUGGGCUCAAUGGCAUAGCCACAACAACUGGCACCUCAGGGAUCUCACGAACGUCACGGACUGGGAGGGGAUGAUGGCUUACCUCGGCUUCGCUGUGGAUCACAGCCAUGUCAACGUGAACGAAGUGUCCGCGUCCCGCCCGCUUCUGAAGAUCGAGGGUGACAUGGCCGAGUUGAUCGGCACUUACUCCCUCGUCCUGAACGCUUGUCGCUUCAAGAGGCUCUUCAAGUUGAUGAGGGGCUGGCCCAAGCACAUGGUGGCGGCCCUCGGUGACCUCGCUUCCCAGGACAGGGUCUUCGCCCUCUUCAAGCAAGACUACGAGAACUGGAAGGCCCUCGGCGACGACACGGUUGGCUUCGGGGCUCUGUCGGGGGUUAAGAUCGCGAAGGAUGUCGUCUCGAAAGUUCACCGCCACAAGGACACCAACUGGAAGUACGAGCCGCUCGUCAGAACCCCCAGGAUCCCAAAAGAGGUGCAUCAGAACACUCCCGACGACGUGAAGGCGAUCGGCCUCCAGAACAUCAUUGACCCCAACCAGUCUCCGAAGUGGUCCAACCAGAGCGUUGCCAACGACUCCAAGCCGACUUUCGAGAUGGACAUGCUGGAGUUCUGCAGGGCCAACGGCGUCAACAUCUCCACCGCAGAGAAGCACUGGUACUGCGCCUUGGCGAAGCAGGGCAAGGUCGCCAUCAAAAUGAAGGGGUCCCCCGACUCGGACUACGGCAUCGCCAUGGGUGACAUGUGCGGCAUCGGCGUAUUGACUGCCAAGCUCAAGCCUUUCAAAUACAGGUCUGGGCGCGACUUCUACAUGAUCGACUUCGACGCUGCGGCCCCGCUCAAGAUGGCUUACGUAUUUGAUCCAUCGGAGUGGGAUGCCCUCACUUUGUCUUGGACUUCACCGCUGAUGCAGUUUGUCGCGGAGGGGGGGGGGGGGCGCAGCUUGCCAGGUGGCAUCGAAAAGUGCUGCAUGAGACUCGAACCAACUGGGCCUGCUGACAUUAUGUUGCGAGUGGCUUCCAAGAACGCCUUUUGGGAUCUGGGAUUGUCAGUGUUGAAGACAGUCCACAAAGACCUUUGCGUCGACCCCCCUGGCGGCCUCGACCUUUUCGGGACCUUGCAGGCGCCGGUGACGCACGUUUUGAAGCCGACAGAUCUGGACCUGUGCGAAAUCUUGCGGAAGCGUUGCUUCGUGAAGUUCGUCGGUGAGGGCGGCUUGGUGGACAUCCAGGGGGCGAUCGAUUGCAUGGCGAAGGAAGAGCAGGAGAUGACGAGAGAGACGCUGUCUGAGAAGGACGCCCAGAAACAUAUCAGGAAGGAAUCUACCGCGAAGUCCAACGUCUACCGCAAGGAGGCGAAGGCGGUGCGCACUGCCGAGGCUGCCGAUCAGAACCGCACCAAGCAGGAGCUGAAGAAGUGGAAGGGGCCAGUCGAGCCGCCCAAGGACGGGGUCGUGCACUCCGAGGCGAAGAAGUUCCCCCCACCUGGGGCGAGCCUGCGGAGGGGUCUCACAGGCACGGGCGCGCGGCACGUCCACAUUUUCCCGCGCUGCAAGUCCAAGACGUGGAUCGAGGCUGGCAGCUACGACAACACGCUCAGGUUCGGCCUGGCCUUCGCCUGGAAGAAGUACCUCAAGAGCAAAGACCUCGACGACUCGCACUGCCCGACCAAUGGCCUGCUGAAGCACUGCGCGGGCGAGGAGGAGCAAGCCACCGCAGCCGCGAGCUCGUCGAGGGGAUGA